AUUUGAGUUAGAGGGAAUUCAGACUGAGCUGAAGAAGAGCCUGCCUGGAUUGAGCUGCAAGGGAGACCUGGAUGUCAGCUAACUGGGGCAUCUGGGUCUGAGCUAGUCUUAGCCCCAGGAUGUUGACGAUGGCUCUUCUUGCCCUUCUUUGUGCAUCAGCUUCUGCCAGCGCCAUUCAGGCUAGGACCUCGUCCUACAAUGGAGAGUAUGGAGGCAGCGGAGGACAGCGAUUCUCUCAUUCUGGCAACCAGCUGGAUGGACCCAUCACUGCCCUCCGUAUCCGAGUCAACACAUACUUCAUUGUGGGUCUCCAGGUGCGCUAUGGCAAAGUGUGGAGUGACUAUGUGGGCAGCCACCUGGGAGACCUGGAGGAGAUCUUUCUGCACCCUGGGGAAUCAGUGAUCCAGGUGUCAGGCAAGUACAAGAGCUACCUGAGGAAGCUGGUCUUCGUGACUGACAAGGGUCGCUACCUGUCUUUUGGGAAAGACACAGGCACGAGUUUCAACGCUCUCCCCUUGCAUCCCAACACCGUGCUACGAUUCAUCAGUGGCCGAGCUGGCUUGUUCAUCAAUGCCAUCGGCCUGCAUUGGGACGUCUACCCCAGUGACUGCAGAAGCUGCUGAAUCCCAGCCUUCUCCUAGGCAGGGCACUGCAGUGGGAAUGUGAGAAUCCC